UCAAUUGCGGUCUUCAUCUUUGCAUCAGUGUUUAACACUCGUAAUGAUCCCUUAGAUCCGGAAGAAGACGAACGCUUGAGAUUAAAUAUGUUUUGGACCAACCCGACUUCCCACACGUGCAUGACAUACGCCACUCGAGAGUACACUGCCCGACUGGUGAAUGUCCCAUCAUACUACAAUCGCCGUGUGGAGGCUUGCAUGGCCACACCGAUAAAGAUCCACGGGACUGAAUACACGCCUAAGUGGUGCGAGGAUCAUGUGGGUGUUCCUGCAUUUCUUGUUAGUAACAAACAGCCAGAUUGCGCGUCGUACUGGAUCUGGUACAAAGAUUUUGGCUGUACUUCGCCUGGAUCUGGUCAGCGGCGUAUUGAACACUACCUCGAGAACAUCCCGUGUGGAGGUGAUUGGAAGGAGUUCUGUGCUACCACUCCUGUAAGCUUCCGUGGGAUGCACUUCACGGGAGCACAUAUCUGCUUCAAAAAUAACGGUGCCACGUGGGGCCACUGGGUUUUUGAUGACGAGAGCUGCAGGUAGCCAAGUCGCAAUGUCGCUUCAAUGUUGGAUGAGGGCGAUAUUGUCUUGGAAUUUUGAUGUGCUAUUUUUUGCUGUGCCAUUGGAUGUACUUGUACUUGUAUCACUGUGUGUUUUUAGCGGGUCACUAGUAUUCGCAGUUUUGAGUAUU